AUGUGGAAGUAAUGAGGAGGAGGAGGAGGAGGAGGAGGACGGGUCCGAUGGCGCGCCAUGCAGCACCUUGAGCCCAUGGAGACAUGGCACAGCGGUUCCUCUCCUCCGCCUUCAUGCUGACUGUGUCCUUGUCCUGCACCUACUUGUGCUACACCAUCAUUUUCGGCCGCACCGCCGUCAUGACGGGGCGGCCCUACGUGGGGAGCCGCUGCCCGCCGAGCAGGCUCACCGGCGGGAAGAAACUUCUCGCCCAGUCGGACCAGCGCCAGUGCGCCUGGCUGGAGGCAGCCCAGCCCGGCCCUCCUCCUCUCCGUCUCCCGCCCGCACACUGGGGCGACGUCAAGGGGAAAAACUUGAGUUCGGCGCCGAAACUGGGGAGUAAAAAGCUGCCCGGCGCCAUGAUUGUGGGGGUGAAGAAAGGAGGGACCAGGGCGGUGCUGGAGUUCAUCAGGAUCCACCCGGACGUGCGCGCCCUCGGGACGGAGCCGCAUUUCUUCGACAGGAACUACGACAGAGGACUGGACUGGUACAGGAGCCUCAUGCCAAGAACUUUGGAUAGUCAAAUCACUCUGGAGAAGACCCCGAGCUACUUCGUCACCAGAGAAGCCCCUCGACGUAUCUCUAGCAUGUCCCACCAGACCAAGCUGAUCGUGGUGGUCCGCAACCCGGUCACCAGAGCCAUAUCGGACUACACGCAGACUCUUUCCAAGAAGCCCGACCUCCCCACCUUUGAGGAGCUGGCCUUCAAGAACAGGAGCCAAGGUUUGGUGGACACGUCCUGGAAUGCCAUCCGGAUCGGAAUGUACAUCCUUCACCUGGAGAACUGGCUGCGCUACUUCCGCCUCUCCCAGAUGCACUUUGUGAGCGGCGAGCGGCUCAUCACCGACCCGGCCGGCGAAAUGGGCCGCGUUCAGGACUUUUUGGGGCUGAAGAGGAUCAUCUCGGACAAGCACUUCUACUUUAACCGGACCAAAGGCUUCCCGUGCCUGAAGAAGCCGGAGAGCAGCGGCCAGCCUCGUUGCCUGGGGAAGUCCAAGGGCAGGACUCACGUCCAGAUAGACCGGGAUGUCAUCGAUCAGCUGCAGGAGUUUUAUAGACCCUUCAACGUCAAAUUCUUUGAAACUGUCGGACAAGACUUCAAAUGGGAAUAAAAGUGACAAGAAAUCAGACUUGGUCUAACGAGGACCCUUCAACUUGAGACACCUGAAAACUAUUUGGUAUUUCUAGGAACUAAGACCAAUCAAGCAUUGGAGAACUCAACCUAUCCACGACCGAGUUUUGGUUCAGUUCGGUGCGGUAAGCAUUGAGAAAUGAUGAGAUCACUGCAGUGGUUGGGACACACUGCAGUCCACGGAUUGGUCAACAGAGAAUGGCGGUUCUUUGACGUCUUUUGGCGCCUCUUACCCGGAGAUGCAUUAAAAACUGCAGAAUUAGAGCCGGAACAGGACGGGAGAUUCAGAAUUUAGGCGCCUGGGCCUUUUGACAGGGAUUGCUUUUAGCACGACGGGACGGAAUAAGUGUGUUCGCGUUUCAGAAUGACCUAACACUAGGGAUGAUGUUCGAAAACCGGUUCUCCCGAUGCUUCGAUAAGAAAAGAACCGCUUCCAUGGAUUCGAAUCCCUUUUUGAGAACCGGUUCCCGUUAUCGAAGCCACUAUACCGUAUUUUCGCGACCAUAGGGCGCACCAUGUCAGUUACGGGUGCUAUUUCUGUAUUUAACGCAUAAAUAAGGCGCAGCGUAUUUUUGGGCGCAGGCAUGACGCUAGUAUGCAUGGACGCUGUUUUUAAAAAAAGCAGCAGGAGCAAAGCUGAGUUCGGUUGUACUUUAUUGAAGUACUUAUCAAUGUACUCACAUUAUUUUUUGAUCAAUCCUCAUCCACAAAUCCAUCAAAGUCCUCAUCUUCUGUGUCCGAAAUGAACAGCUGGGCAAGUUCUCCAUCGAACACGCCAGAUUCCCUCUCCUCAUUUUCAAAGUCAGUCUCGUUGUCCGUUAGCAUAGCAAGCUAGCACAACAGUAAAAGCCGACUUCUCUUGCCCCGUUGUGCGUAUCGAUUCGCUCACCUGAAACCUUCACCCUUUUAACGGCCGCAUGCUGUCCUCAGUCACGUCCGCUUUUCCUCCAUAU